AUUAACUCAGGAUGGAGGGAUGCAGCUGGAGGAGAGAUAGAGGCCCAAAUCGCGCAGUCUACACGCAAAAAAGAGGGCAGAAUAGAGAACAAAGCGGGGAACCUCGCUGGACGUGACAGGACACCUGAGCGCUGGCAGCUAGCGCCCGCAGAGAAGGAAGGCAGGGAGAGAGGAGCCACGCCGAGGCCGACAGGAUGGGGCGGGACUUCCGGAAAGCAUUUGCCUGAGUGGCAGGGGAACCGGAAGUGGGGGCGCUGCUGCUGGUGCUGGGGCCGGGGCCGGAGGAGGGACGCGCCGGAGCGGGGCCGCCGGGACUGAGCGAGCGACAGACGCGCCACCCGCCGACGCCGCAGCCGCUUGGGGCCCGCACGGACCCUUUGCCUGAGUAUAGAAUGAGCCAAGGUGACUCGAACCCAGCAGCCAUUCCACAUGCAGCGGAAGAUAUUCAAGGAGACGACAGAUGGAUGUCUCAGCACAACAGAUUUGUCCUGGACUGUAAGGACAAAGAGCCUGAUGUCCUGUUCGUGGGGGACUUCAUGGUGCAGUUAAUGCAACAGUAUGAGAUAUGGCGAGAGCUUUUUUCCCCACUUCAUGCACUGAAUUUUGGAAUUGGGGGAGAUACAACAAGACAUGUUUUGUGGAGACUAAAGAAUGGAGAACUGGAGAAUAUUAAACCUAAGGUCAUUGUUGUCUGGGUAGGAACAAACAACCAUGAAAAUACAGCAGAAGAAGUAGCAGGUGGAAUCGAGGCCAUCGUGCAGCUUAUUAACACAAGGCAGCCACAGGCCAAGAUCAUUGUGUUGGGUUUGUUACCUCGAGGUGAGAAGCCCAACCCUUUGAGGCAAAAGAAUGCGAAGGUGAACCAGCUCCUCAAGGUUUCCCUGCCGAAGCUUGCCAACGUUCAGCUCCUGGAUACAGAUGGGGGCUUCGUGCACUCGGACGGUGCCAUCUCCUGCCACGACAUGUUUGAUUUUCUGCAUCUCACGGGAGGCGGCUACGCAAAGAUCUGCAAACCUCUCCAUGAACUGAUCAUGCAGUUGUUGGAGGAAACACCUGAGGAGAAGCAAACCACCAUUGCCUGACCGGCUCCCAGCAGUGUUACUAGCAUCCCAGCUUCCUCAGAUCAGUUAUAUCACUGGCACUACAGAAUCCUUCUCUUUCUUGAGGCACUUUGCAUUGUAGGAUGUUCCUGGAUGUUCAUGUCUAGUGUUUGAAGGGGAGGAGGGGUUUAAACUGGUCCUGUACAUAGGUUUGUUUGACACAGGAGAAAAUUAGCCAAGGAAGAUUUGUGUUUAGAUUCGUUUGAAACCAGAAGGGGACUUUUUAGUUGUAUGUGUGACACAUUCAUUGAAUUAUCACUGUUUUUCCUAGGACAACAUCAAGCCUAAGUACUGAACAAAAUGAAGAUUCUUUUCUUGGCCUUUCUUUCUAUGGAUUAUGUCAUAUAUAAUAAUGAUCAGAAUCACACCUACUUGGCUUUAAAACAGAUGUUUUUUUCCAGUUUUUAAGGUUUGUAAUUUAGCCUUUUAUUUUUAUUUUGCUUUACUCAUAUGUAUUCUCAGUAUUUUCUUAACAUAUAGCAUCAGAUUGGACAUGCUUGUCAUUCAAAUAUAGGAGAUGCUAUAGUUACAAGUGAAUUUGUUCCACUCUCUUAAUCUUUGCCAUGCUUAGCAGUGAAAAAUAGGUUUUGCCCCAUUUGGGGGACUAUAAGGAGGGUAUUAUUUUUAUGCUGCUGAAUAUCAUGUCUAUAAUAGACCCGUGCAUGCAGCCUUUCCUCCCUGUUCCCCGUUAUCUCUGUUCUUUUUUGGUCCUUGUUGACAUUACAAGCUUGUAACACGUUUUUGACCUAGGAGCUCUGUUGCUGGAAGUGUAAGUCCCCAGCCAGUUACUCUCAUGAUGCUAUAAUUGAUGUGUAACUCAUUCUCGUGUGGUGUUCUGUGCUGUAGAGUCUGUGUAGUGCUCUCCAUAUCCAGAGUUCUGGUUUGUUUUGUUUGUUUUUCCCUUAAAACCUGUUACAGUUUCCUCUUUUUGGGGAAAAAAAUCAGAACUCUAUUUUCCAUUUCAUAAGCCCUGACAUUAUUUCAAGUUUUAUAGUAUCUUGAGGUGUAUAUUUUAUUUUUUUAUUGGUUCAGUUUUUAAAUUAUAUCAGUCCAGAAAAAUUUGGCCUUUUCUCAUGGGAAGCAAGUGAAGCUACUCUUCAGAAUAGAUGUUCUGCUUGAUCCCACUGUUUUAGUAAAAAAAAACCUAGGUUUAUGUAACUUUCAGGAUUUCCCCAUGAUGUACCUUCAUCUGUAAUUUCCUUCAAGAGAGCUUUUUAUAAUCGUAUUAGUUUGCUUGAGCUACAAGAACUGCCAUUUUAAAAAAUAAUGGGACAAUAGAUGGUUUAUUGUUCACUAUACCUAAGGAAUAUGUACAAACUGGAUCUAUAAGCUUUUAAACUGGAUCAGGUGGGUAUUGAAGUCACCUGCCAAGAUGUGCUCUGCAGUGAUUCUGCGUAACGUGCAAGUCCAGUAACCAGGGCACAUGUUUCACGUUCUGCUUGUAGCGCAGCUGGCAGUGCUUUUGUCUGCCGGAGGGGGUCGCUGAUGUGUGCUGAGAGCCACUUCUGAUUGAGAGCGAUAGAACUUGGGCUGAUGUUUUUCUUGUCGAGCUUCUUCCUAGGAAUUUUUUUGUUUGUGUUGUUGUCUUUAAAAAAAAUACAUUUCUGAAUGUAUCAUGUCUUCAUUAACAACAGAAAAUACACAUGGUGUUUACUAAAUUUGUUUACUAUAUUAAAAUUUCUUUUUUAUUUUUAGUAGCCCAGGUUCUUGAGUUUUUCAAGACUUUUUCUUAGCUGAGGUAGAGUUCUAGGGAGGAGAAUUAAUUAAGCCACAAUUUUGUGUGUGGAAAGACAGUUUCCUUUCCAGGUCUUUCUCUGUCAGAAGUUGCGAGUAUGGUCCAAAAAAACCCAUUAAGCUACUCCUGCAGCAUGCGCUUUUAGCUUCUCUCGGGACUAAGGAUCAAAUAUCCCUCGUGAGCUGGCCUUCAGCUCCUUUGCAUAUGUGUGUAAACCUCUGAUGUUACUACAUUUUAUAUCUACCAGAGCUAUUCAAGCAAUAGUAUUUGAACCACUAGCCUUUUAAAUAAAAAUCUGCCCCGUUGCUAAUGUGCAGAUAUGGAGUCCACUUUCAUUUCUUGCCAGCUUUCUUUACACUGCUUUAGGCAAAGUGUUCAUCUGUUUUUCUUUGAUUGACAUCCCAGUUUGCUACAGUAACAGAACUUACUGCUUAAUCUUUGGAUUUCUCAUACACACACGCACACACACACACACACGCACGCAAAUUUAAUGCAUUGUCCAAGUGAUAUGUCGUAGUUGUCGGCGUGAUUAAGGGGCCAACUUUCCAGGCAGCUAGCAGAGGUAUUGAUUCUGUUCCUCUCCCAGCAAAUUUUCAUUCCUUUGCCCACCCAUUCCCACUACACUAGAUGGCAGCCAGGGAUGGGACUGUGAAGAUUCUGUGGUCGCGUCUCGAGUGUGGCAGGUUAGAGAUGGACUGCCCAGGGUGCUCUACAGCUUGUGGUUUUGCUGCCCACAUAUUCUAGACUGCCAUGGGCCGUACUGGGGCUACAGCUUUGGGUCUGUUUUCACUGUUGAGGCAUCUCUCUACACCUGAAUCUUUUGUCAAAAACAUUAACCCAACAAAACCUUGAGUAGCUCAUGCCCUGCUCUUAAGAAUUGUCUCUCGUUAUUAAAAAAAAUUCCAACUUUCUUUAAAGUUUUUUUAACCUAGUCACUGUUUACAGUUGUAUGCUAAAGCCUGAAAUAUUGUCUGUGCUGUGGUGUAUGAGCAUUGCCAAUUUUAUAUUUAUUGCAGUGAAGAAGAAACUAAAAAUAUAUGAAAAUGAGGAGCAUGUCCACGCUCCUAAAUCUGUGUGGGUGCAUGUGGGAGAAGUGAGUUGGGGUCUCUUGAAAGGAGGCUUUUUGGAGUGGGGUCUCCCAGGCUUCUCCUUGGUGUUCCUGCUCGGGGAGCACUGCUGCUAGCUGACCGGAUGUCCCCAACAGAAGUUUGUGAUUCUGCUUUGGCGAAGUUUCAUUGACUAGUAGAACUCAUUCUGUUUUAGUGCAUAUUUCAAUAUAAAUGUAAACAUUUCACUCAAA